AUUGGAUUUCGGUGUGAAGAGAAGUGAAAAAGAAAUACGAAAGAAAAAACGAUGAAAAUUCUCUACUUUGUUGUUUCUUUGGCAUUUUUGUGUGUGGUUUUGGGCCAUCCACAGGUGGGUGUGAAGACGCACCAGGUGCCAAUUAAUCCUUUCGCCAAUUUGGUCCUAAAUUCAACAAACAGUACAAAUGGACCACCACUGGCUACUACUACCAAUACAACAUCCCUGUACCCUCAGCUACCACAACUACCCCACCAACUACCCCAAUUCCCCCCGCAGCAACUCCCACAAGCACCGCUGCAACCACCACAGACGAAUGUUUCAGACAAUUGGCGCAAUACUCUCACUAGAACCCAAAUGUUCCUCAACAAGACGCGCUCGGAGAUGUCUCGAGGAAUUUGCUACCAAGAAGUGCCCACUGCAACACUCGUGGCUAAUCCACGCGGCAACAUACCCACUGGCAAUGGAUCAAACCCCUCCCUGAGUCGCGUUCAAGUCUGCUGCACGGGCUAUGAGAAGAAUCCCCACAAUUGGCGCCUCUGCGAUCCCAUCUGCCACACACCAUGCCUCAAUGGGCUAUGCGUUGCCCCCGAUACAUGUGCCUGCUACCCUGACUAUGCUGUUGAUCUCGAUGGGAAGUGCAUCCCCGUGUGCCCCAUUGGAUGCAGCAACGGACAAUGCCAGCCCGAUCGAAGCUGCAAAUGCAACAAGGGCUUCAUCCUCGAUCCCUCUGGAAAGUUCUGCAUUGAGGGCGUUCAAUGCGACAGUCCCUGCCUAAAUGGAUACUGUACGGGCUACAACAAGUGCACCUGCCACGCUGGCUACCUUCCACACCCCACAAAUCCCUACAUGUGUAUGCCACACUGCCCUGCUGGCUGCCCCAAUGGCGUUUGUUCUGGACCAAGCUUCUGCAUUUGCAAUUCGGGCUACGUUAAGGAUAGAAGCGUCAAGGGGAGUCAAGCUUGCGUACGUCGUAUUUAAAUGUAAUUCUCCAGAGAAAAUUUCAA